AUGGUUGGUAGAAAUACACAAACCCUAAUUUGCGAACAAGGGUCGAGUCAAGGAUCGCAAGAAAAAGAUGUGAUAAGCCAAUUACCAGAUCAUUUGAUAACUGACAUUCUGUAUCAUCUUCCCACAAAGGAAGCUGUUACCACAAGCGUUUUAUCCACAAGAUGGACAAAUCUUUGGAAACUGGUUCCUGGAUUGGACUUAGACUCGCCCAGAUCCUCUGAUUUCAAAGCCAUGCAGAGUUUCGCCGACAGGUUUUUGGAUAUCCAGAGGGAGUCACUGAUCCGCAAAUUCAAGUUAAAGAUUCAUUGUCCUGAUUAUGGUAAUGACGCCACUUGUGUCCCACUCUGGAUCGAAGCUGCUUUAACUGGGCAUAGGAUUCAACAUCUUGAUGUUCAUUAUGGAUACUACUUGCGACUGAUACCACUGAGCGUGUUCACCAGUGGGAGAUUAGUACACUUGCGACUCUAUGGUGCCAAACUGUUUAACGCCGAGUUGGUAUCUUUACACUGUCUGAAGAUCAUCCAUUUGAAAUAUGUUACAGCUCCAAACGAGGCCACUUUUGAGAAACUUAUCUCAAGCUCUCCGGUUCUGGAAGAUCUAACCAUCAUCAUGUGUAGUAAUAAGGCAAAGGUUUUACAAGUGCGCUCUAAGACGGUUCGCUUUAAUCCGAGCUUUAAGAUGAUCAUCUAUUCGGGUUUCUCUGCAAAAGUAGAUGUUGAUGUCGAAUUUAGCUGUAGUUUUAAUCUAUAUGACUCAUCCGAUAAACGCGCUGUUCGCGAUUUCCUCACCGUCAUAUCGAGUGUCAGGGAUCUGUCUCUUAGUAUGUAUAUUUUGGAGGUUAUGUACCGACACUCGGAAGUAAAACAACUGCCUCAAUUUGGUUUAUUGUCACGUCUGUGUGUUAGUCUCUGUGCAUCCGAUUUUGUUUGGUUGCCGACUUUUCUCAAGAACUGCCCGAAGCUGAAAUUCCUUUCCUUGGUGGUAUGGUAUGGUAGCUGUAAGAAGAUGCCUAUCGAUGAAAGUUUUCCACCUGUGCUCGAGUGUUUGUUAUCGUCGCUGGAGUUUCUUGAUAUCAAAGCAAGAGUCUUGGGAGAUUCUACAGAAAUGAAACUAGUUAAGUACUUGUUAGAAAAUUCAUUAAUCCUCAAGAAACUCACGGUACGGUUAGAUUCUCAUUCAAGAAAUGAUGACAUCUCCGAAGAGAUCUCUCAUUCAAGAAAUGAUGACAUCUCCGAAGAGAUCCUCAGACUCCCAAGACGCUCUAUCACAUGCCAAGUCCUCGUACUCUGA